UCAGUAAACAUGGCGUCCUCUGCCUUUCCUAACCCUGCUGAAGCUGUUUGCCAUCAGUACGUGUGACCUCUGAACCUGCGUGCGUGUGUGCGUGCGUCUGUCUGUCUGUGUGUGCGCCAGCCUUCCGCCAUAUUCACUGUGUUGUCUUGCCUUGUGGAAGAAUAGGAGUAUUCGCGACUGCCCACAAAAACCGAAACUGUGUUUUUACACAACUUGGAAACCAGCCGACGGGCAUAACACGGAUUAAAGCGAUGGCGAGGAAGAAAAGCAAGCAGCAGGGCGUCGGGGCCAAGGAUAUAGUGUCGGGACAACAGCAGCAGAGCCUGUCAAAGAAGCACGGCGAUGCGGGAGCAGCAGCGGCAGGCGGCGGAGGAGGAGAUGCUGGAGCGAGCAGGACCAAUCAGUCCAUGCACACCUGCUGCUUGCUCUGCCAUCGCGAGUUUAAAGACUGGGGGGCGGGCCAGGUGAACGGGCUCCCCAGUCAUGGGUCCAAACUGGCGGAGGCUGUACCCGCUCUGUCCCAGGCUCUGCUGAGAGAGGUUCCGGGCCGUAAACUGGCUGACGCCGUGCCUUCACUCUCCCAGUCACUGUUGGGUGAGGUGCCGCUUUGGAUCUGUCAGAGCUGCAGGAAGAGCGUGGAAGAGGAGGAGAGGAGAACGGUUCAGGAGCAAACCACGCAGGUACCGCUGUCCCACUCCUCCUCAUGUAAGUCUCAGAGCUGUGGGAAUGGUUAUCCAGAGCAUAGUUCAGUGGAUUGGGACCCCAGCUCCUUCCUCUCCGCACGCAAACUCUCUGGUUUGUGGAACUCUGCUCAUUCUAAUGGAGGAUCUCACUGCAACCACAGCACGCCUACACUUUCACAGGGUGGAACUUUGGGACCAGCUUGCCAUGAGAAGAGAUCUACUCACGACGCUCCCGGGAAGGCUGCCAAAACAUCCGCGAUCAAAGUUUGUCCCUACAGUCAUCCUGCAUCCCAGAAUUCCAGUGCAGGAUCUAAUGGGACACUGUCCACCUCCACUGAUCUAUGUAAGACCAACCCCAAGCACUUCAAGACAAUGUGUCGACGACCAACUCCUCCAGGUGAAGCUUUCCACACAAGCGACCACCACCAAGCUGCAGACUUGUCAGUGCCGCCCAACAGUCCCACGGGUCUUUCCUCCCAGCAUUCCUCGCUGCUGCCUCCCAAGCAAAACUCCAAUCAGCAUGUUCACAUCAACUCCGCAAGUUCUGGGCUGGCUUCACACGCUCCUUUCUCCCCGCUGGUACCAAACAUUCAUGCACCCGCAGCCAAGCACUCGAGUGGGGUGGACAGUCCGGUGGCCCUCCACAAGCCCAGCGCCUGCAAGAACUCCCACAUUCCUGCUGUAAACGCACAACACAGUAAACUCGGCAACUCGCUUAUAGGCUGCAGUCACCCCUGCAAUGGACACAGUAAUGGCAGCUCUGUAGCCUCCCCCAAUGCUGGACAUCUAGCGUCUGGAGCAUGCAGGGACCAGACGUGUAAAGGGCACAAGUUGCCCAAUGGGUCAUUGUGUCACGUCCCACCCUGUGAGCUUGAAGAAGGUGAGGAUGAGGACAGCAGCUCAGAGCGUAGUUCCUGUGCAUCCUCCUCCAACAAUCAAAAGGACGGGAAGUACUGUGACUGUUGCUACUGCGAGUUCUUCGGCCAUAACGCUCCUCCAGCCGCCCCCACCAGUCGGAACUAUGCUGAGAUCAGGGAGAAGCUUCGGUCCAGACUGACCCGGCGUAAAGAGGAGCUUCCUCAGAGGCAGGAUCUAGACCCAGCAGCACCGAGUACCAUAGACCAUCGAGAUGUGGAUGAACUCCUGGACUUCAUCAACAGCACAGAGCCCAAGCCCGUCAACAGUGCCAAGGCUGCCAAACGUGCCCGUCACAAACAGAAGAAAAAGGAGAAGGAGAGGGCUCUUCAGGGUAGCACUGAGGCCACCUGCAGUGAACCACGCUCUGCAUCUCCUCCAGAUCCCGUAGAUGAUUCCAUGCCAGACGGGGAAGCAAACAGACUAUUGGAGUGGCCUCAGUUGGAGCUGGAGAGAGUCAACAGCUUCCUGACCAGCCGCCUGGAGGAAAUCAAAAACACCAUCAAAGACUCCAUCCGUGCCUCCUUCAGCAUGUACGACCUCAACCUGGAUGUCAAUGACUUCCCAAAGAAGGCUGCCACACUGGAAGCAAGCCACCUGCUAUCUCACCUCAACGGAUCUUCUGAUCUGCAGCAGAUAGACUUGGAACUGGCACCACUUUCACUGAAGAACUUUAAAAGAGAUCUGGAUAUAGUCAAUGGUUGGGAGGAUACAACCACUGCUGCUAAAGACAUUCAGAGGCUCCACUCCACACCCAGUUUGUCCAAGCUUAUCCGAGUAAGGUCCCCAGAACGAUGCCCUGCCACGGGUUCCGAGUCCACCCAGCCUUGCUCUACUAAUGCAGCCAAGCCCAAGGAGGAAGCCUCUGAAACCAAGAACUCAUCUGGAGCUGGAUCAAAGACAAAGAAGAGUAAGAAACAACAGCAGAAUCAGCGACAACAAGACCAGUUGACUCAGGAGCACGUGGCCAGUACAAAAACUGCUAAAACAGAGCAUAAAGUGCAAGAAACAAGGGCAGCUGAUUCUGAUAAAAACACCAAAGGUGGAUCCAAACAGAACCACCAGAUUCAGCAGCAGGCAGACUCACAGAAAACAGGGGGUAAGCGGGCAGAAGAGGGUAAAGCGUGCAAGCAGUCAUCCAAUGGAGCCUCGAAUGGUCACCAUAACACAGGGUCCAACUCACAGAGGGGGAAGAACGACCUCUCGGACACACGGGCAAACAGGUCAGAGCAUGAGGUAGACAGUAAAACCACCUCCAACAGUCCCAAUGCACAGCAGCAAGCACAGCAACCGAAGGGGAAAACUAAAAACAAGAACAAAAACAAGAUGGAUAAGUCAAAUAAUGCAAUUGAUGAUGUGUUCCUUCCCAAAGACCUUGACCCAACGGAAAUGGAUGAGAUCGAUCGUGAAGUUGAAUAUUUUAAAAGGUUUUGCCUUGACUCUGCUAAACAGACCCGACAGAAGGUGGCCGUGAACUGGUCCAACUUCAGCCUCAAAAAGAUGCCCUCAAAUGCAGCUCAGUAACAGAUGGGUGAUGGUAAACAGACGCCCUGCUCCCAGCAAGACUGUACUAUAAACCAGUUUGGCCUUUGGUUACUGUACUUAACACUCAAAGGUUCUUCACUCUCCCAGCCUUUCUGCCUCUAAGCCACGGGACCUUGAUUUUGACCACCGAUCAUCCAACACUUUUUUUAUUUUGCCUGUUAUUAGUGAGGGAUUAUCCAGCAUCCUGACCUCAGUCCUAAAACCUGCAUCUCGUUAUUGCAUAACUCGCUAAAACACAUUUGGGUACUGAUCCAAUGCAUCUAUAUGCUUUACAUGUAGUAUGUACACAGUUAUUUUACAAUAAAACACAACAGUGACGAUAUUUGACCUAUGAACCCUUUUAUAAACUGUUCAUGUGUUUUAAAAGGUACUUCUCUGGUUUUAAAAUUCACCAUCAUGCAUUUUUGUAGACACCACUCACCCUGCGAAUAUACUGUAGUCUUAGAAUAGAAGCGAAAUUGUUUUUUUUUUUUUUUUAAACAAAUGUAUCAUGUCUGAUUUUCAUAAUGGAGGUAAAAGUCAGCAAAGGCUUGUGUUCACUAAUGUAUUUUAGAUUGUAGAACUGUGUCAGCUGUCCAUGUGAACUACACCGAUCUGGAUAUAUUAUUAUACUACACCCAUUACAUCUCACAGUCGAAAUUGUAAGGCCAAGUGCUGUGCUUUAGUUGCAGCAAUGCACAAAAAGUGAACUGUGCAUAUGGACUGUAUUGUCUAUUAACAUGAACAAGAUCAAUUGACUUAUGCUUACAAUGUAUGACUUGUGAAAAGAAAAUUUUAUUACUUUGGACAUUUAAAAAAAAAAGAAGAAAAAAAAGAAUCAACACUAAAUGAACAGUUUUUUUCUAAAGACCUGUUAACAUUGACUGUGUCACUUUUUAUAAAAGGUGCAUAUGAGCUGCAUUUCCCUUGCAUGAUGCGUAAAACUGACAAGUAUAGGCUACUACAAAACUUUCCCAUGCCCCUCUACUCUGUUUGAAAUGCUCUUCCAACCUGAUUGUUGGCACGAUUCCCUGAUGGAAAUCUUAUGUUGGUAUUCCUGCUGAUCCUCCCAAUUGGUGGUUUUGAUAUAGUUCUGUGCCGUGACUACAUCCUUGAUGCUGUUGUUGUAAGUUUGGGCAGUAAAUCAUCGCUCUAGUUUCACUGCAUGAUGGUAUCAGACCCGUUUUUAUACUUGCAGCAGUUCUGCUUGUAUAGUUUGAGUCCACUGGUGCGUAACAAGUUCAGACCUGUCUUUAUUUUUGCCUCUUUUUUUUUUAUUUAUUUUUUAUAUGUAUGUUACAUUGACUAAUCAAGGAGAUUUUAUAAUGAUUUAAGGGGCUUUAGGAUUCUCUUAAAUGGUACAGCACUCAUA